AUGUCACAUCCGGAGCAUAGCGUGGUGAAAACGGCAUUAGCGAAGCUAGUAGACAGCAACUAUUCGUGGACUGAGCAAGAAGCAAGUGUGACCGAGAGCAUCGUCGGUAGAUGCAAUAUUCUUCUCAAGGGUGAUUCUGACGCUCACGUAGCAGCCGAUGCGGCGUUGUGUUUGUUACAGGCCAAAUCCGAAGCACUACCAGAACAUGUUUUGCCGUCCAUCUUAAGCCGACUUCGAAGCGCUUAUAACUUGCUUCGGAAGAAGAAAAAGAGGAAGCCAUCUCGGAUAUCUGGGCUUAUAGCUCUCUGUAACGCUCUUCUUACUGGUUGUGAGCGAGAUACAGGCACGGAUCCGGUUAAAGUACAAGCGAUGUUGAUCGGGUUGAUCAGGGACGGUGUCUUCAGCAACAAUUCAGUUGUUAGUCAUGAUGAGGAGACUUUCAAACGCCUGGCAACCUUAUUGUCCCAAGAGACAGAAAUUCGAUGCUUGGAUUCGGCGGAAUUAGGUGACGGACAGCUCCGAGAAGUCGUCGAGGCUGCCCUGCGAUCGAAAAUUGCGAGCAGGACUUACAAGUUUGACGCGCUUGUGGAGUCUAUGUCUGAAUGGGAUCCAUCAUGGGCGUUAGAAUUGCUCGCUUUCUGCGUGCAUCAGGGAGACAAGAAAGCACUGAAGAAAUUUGCAGAAUUUCGGGCAGCAGGGGUAGUCGAGAGCUUGGUAAAGCUCUACGAAGAUCACGAAUCUAUUAGGGCAAAGAUUCUCGAAGAGGCUGUCAAUGCAAUAGGACCUAUUCAUGAUGCACUGGGCUCACAAUUCUCGCAGUCUCGAGUGGUGGAUCGUAUAUGGAAUCUGGCUGCACGUUUGGAGAAUGAAAAGAUUGCGCAACAGGUUUUGGCCAAAGUUCAUGGCUAUUGUGGGUUUGUCAAGGUCAAAAAUAUGCUACAAUCGGCAUCUGCAGUUACUUCAGUAUCCGGGGGUCGCAUCCAAUUUUACAGCCUUCAAUGGUUUUUGAUAUCGUGCGAGUCAGAUUCUUCAAACGAAGUUAAUCAAGAGGCGAUGUUGUGCCUGUUCGGCGCUCUUUACGGGAAUGAUAAUCAGGCAAGGGACAAACUACUCGCGCUUUGCGCAGCUAAGGCAGCUGUACACAACUCCACUCUACCAAAGUCACCACUGAUCUCAUUUUAUUGCGCAAUCGCGAACUACCAUGCUAGUGUCGCAAUCCCUUUGACUUCUGAAUCAACACUUGAACAGUUGGACAACUUUUUGUCAGGAGCUUUACUGAACUACAGAUCUCGUCUUGGUUUCAUUGCGCCUCUCGCCGCCUUAGAAGGGCUAGAGGAGAAAUCAGCGGUUAUUCGCCUUGCAUCUAGCAAAAUUGUUGAUCAAGAGUACGACCCUCUGCAAAGGCUUUAUUUUCUUCGUGCGUUGGAAGGGUACAGUGGAUACGAGGAAACUGAAGUAUUAAGUUUGUUUCGAAUGGAAAUCAACCUGCUUUCGAAACUGUUAGGAGACACUGACCGAAGCAGUGUCACCUGCGAAUCAUUGGUACGUGUCGCUCAAAUCCUUGGGACAAUGAAGACACAUUCAUUAUCAAGAGAGGUCAUCAUCGACGCUGCAGAAGAAACCGCCUCACUUCUCCAAGCUCUCGACAAGAAACGUCCAUUGCUUUCGGGAGAAGUCAAUUUAGCUGUGAUUGCUGGAUUUUCGCAAUUGUUCUCAAUUUGCAACUGCAGAGAGCUGGACAUCACCCAAGAUCUACUGAGGCAUAUGUUAUCAUUUUCGACAAGAGCAUCUACCGCUGGAAGUGUGGCCAGACAAACACUAGAUAGUACCGUUUUGAAUGAUAAGUUGAACAAUCUUCUACCCUUUCUACAAAGACUUGGAACCAAAGAAAGGGCACCAGACGCAAUGGAUGUCCAGGUCGAUGACGGAGUUCGACCUUCUACAUUGGAUCAAGAAGCUGGUAUGGGGGCUGUAGAUACUAUCAAGCGGUGGUUAUUGACAGAUAAGAUGAUAGACAGGCCUUUCAAGUUUGAUGUGACGUCUGUGCUUUCUUCGUUGUGGUCCUUCGUUCGGGCAGUUACCUCAGAAAGCUCGUUGAUGCGCAAUGCCGGGGACCGUAACGAGUACCAGCUUUGCAAUGUGUUGGAUCUGAUUGAACAGAUAUUGCACAGAGAACGAGAGCGGAAUAUGCAGGAUACUGCAGUCGACUUGGAUGCGUUGAUGAAGACUGUCUUCUACCCGCAUGUAUCUCACGAGGGCAACGAAAGCGCGCUAAUGCGAUCUGUGAGGUGCCAGGCAUUGCAAGUUGCGAUGGUGCUUGCCCCUCGCUGCGGCAAUGAACUAGCAUCGCGGCUCUGCGAUGUGUUGAGCGCACAGAUGGAGGAUGUUUCUUUCUCGAAGCAGUUGAAAUCCGUUCAUCGUUUAGCUGCAGUUUUGCUUAAGAGCGGCUGCGACCCUAGAGUGGUAUGUAAUUUUCUUGUGAGAGCUGCGUACAAGAAGAUCGGGAAUACUGUGGCCUCUGAAGAAGAUCGAGAACUGAUAGUAUCUUGCUGCCGACUUAUGCCAGAUAUGGAAGAAGCGCUGCUUUGCUGUCUGCAGCAAAUCUGCAAAGAAUCUGCUGAUUAUCUCGAAGUGAAAAGCAUUGCAAGGGAGUGCUCACGGCUGUUGCUGGGAGCUGAGCAGAGUCUGAUCAUGGAUUUGUCAGUGAUUGCGAGGGUGGGGUCAGACAUAAGAUGUGAAUUGGCCCUAGUCCAUGUGGUUGGACCACUGUUCAGAAAGAAGCUUACCGAAGCCGUGCAAUCAGCAACGUCCGAUGCCUCCGUUAUUGAAGGUAUAUCGAAUUUGUUGAAGUCUUUGUGGGUAUUGAACAGAAAUAUCGCGGACAGGCCUGUUACAGCACUGGUUUCAUUUCUUCCGUUACGCGCUAUAAGCUUAUGCUUAGGCAACAUUAUUUCAACUGAAAACGUAGCAAUCCGCAUUCGUGCGGUCAAGACUUUGUCGGGACGCAUGUUGGACGACGCCUCAUUGCUGUAUGGCUGGCAUGAAAAUGAUCAGAAGUUGCCUGAUUACGUCGACUUGAAAUCGUCUCAAACUGCAUUUGUAGAAGAGCUUGGUUCAAUUUUGAGUGCUGUAAUAUCAGAGUUCGGAGACAAGGAUCAUGUGAAGAUUAAUGAAUUGGGGGCAGAGUUGAAGUUGUGUUCCUUGAGUUGUAUUCAGAACAUUGCAGAUAGAAUAGGCUCUUCGGCACCGCAAGUCCUUCUUCAGCUCUCCACAACUCCUCUGCAGGUCCUUCGGGCAAGUAGCAAGUUCUUGGACAAGCCCGAGGAGAUAGUCAAUGGGCAGUGGCAGUCUGACGUUGCUGUGGCGAUGGACUGUCUUUCUUCGAUAGUGACGGUCAUUGGAAAGCGUGCAGUGACCUUCAUCCCGGAGGUGGUCAGUACUGCAGCAGAUAUUCUACAAGCUGUGUUUGGGAAAGAGACAAGGAAUGCGACAUCCCGCAUUCAAAAAGAUUUAAGGGUGAGUGUUACUGAGGCAGCGAUGCGGAUGUGUACCACUGUCCUCGAUAGGACUCCUAAGUUUUUCGGUCGCCUUACAUUGAACCGUAUAGCCUCGCUGGCAGUCUCUGUCGAAAGGGAGGACAUUAAUGUGUUGCUCGUAGAAGCGAUGACGAAAGUUCCUGCAAAUGUGAGCGUCGGCGCACUGGUCUAUGUGACUGCUAAUUUCGCCAAAUUUUCGGCGACAUUGACUGGGGUUUCCACAUUGCUGCGGGGAAUGUCUGCCUUGACUGGAGUGAUAUCUAAGGUGGAGCUCAAGCCUCAGAAGGACCGCCUUACGUUGGCUUUGUUAUCGUGCAUUGAAUACGGUCGCUUGGGUAAUACUUCACCAGCAAGUGUGCAAGAAAAUGAAAUGGAUACUCAAAGUGCAGCAAGGAAGUGCUCUACUGUAGAACUGUUUAACGAGCUGGUAGCAAUCAGGGGACCAGAAGGUUUCUUGUCUUCCUGCAAAAAAGUGGAUAACGGCUGUGCCGAUAAUUUUACGCGAAUGGUUUUGAGACUUUCGGAGUCAGACUUCAAGAUCAUCUUCAAUCGCGUAGUACAGUGGCUCGAAGGAGGACGCGUGAUGGGUGGUGCAGACCGUUCCAACGCAAUUGAUAUGCCUCAGUAUUUGUCGAGAGCGGUUCCAAUUCUGCAAAUUUCCCUCAAGUUGAUGCAUGUGCUUCGGGCAAUUUUCGUACCCUAUUUUCUACAGCUGCUAGACCUGGUUCUGGAGGUUUUGAGCUCUACAUCAUCAAAAUCCUCUUUGGACGUAACCGUAGAACUUGAUGCUGACGAGAGGAAAGACUUGAAGAGCAAGAAGAGAAAGCGUGAAAAGUGGGAAGGCUCAGGGGAGGAUGCCGUUCGACAAGUGUCGUCUCAGUUGCAUCGAGAGCUGUAUGGCUUGGCUUUGGAAAGCCUUACCCUGUUGCUGAGAGAGGAUCUGACCGGCAAUAUAUUAACGCCGACCCUUGUGACAAAAAUACAGACAAGCUUAGUUGUGGCAUGCGGGAACGGGGGUAAAUCGGAGGCGGUCCGAAAGGCUGUCAAUGCACUAGGAACAAGAAUAGUGGCCGUUGGGAACAUGAAGGAGUCAAAGGAGGAAUGUCGAGAGCAGCUCAUUGCCAUGUCAAGAGCCAUACUGUCGCUUGCCGGCGGGACUGACGCUGUGGUGCGUGAAGCUUCCAUGUACUAUUGCAAGUGUCUAGCCAGCACAAUCGGCGAAGAAUAUUUGGUCACUCUUCCAGAGGCCAUGCCGGUCCUAGCAGAGCUUAUUGAUGACGAAAAGGACGCUGUCCGAAGAGAAACUAGCUCAUUUGUGAAGGUGAUGGAGGCCUUAUCGGGAGAGUCUAUUAUGGAAGACAUGAAAUCGUGAUUCCACAGGCGGGAGGACAUUGUCAUUUGAUAGUGACAAGGACGGGGACGUUUUCAAUUUAACUCGGGUUAUCUCAGUCUGACAUUUUUGGUUAAGCCAUACGCAUGAAAAGACAGAACCUCUAUCAGACACAGGUUAGAAACGGUGCCUGACAGUAAGGCAUUUUGGGAGGCACGUCGCACAUGCGGCAUGUUGAAAUUAAACCUGGGUACGAACCUUCAGGCGACUCGUUUGCAAGUGUUUAUGGGGUGCCCUAGUGUCUAUCGAACCGUUGUUCUCCUGUGAGGACACUAUUCGACUUAUUUUUUUUCUUGACUUGCGCUUCCUCGACAAGAAGGAAAAAAAUACCUCUGCCACCGUGCUUGACGUCUGACUUGGGGCCAGAAAGAACUUGGUGGGAAUUGCAUGUUCUUCCUGGUCGUUUUUACAUAUGUCUGGAAAAGAAGCUUCUUAAACCACCUUUAAACCGCAUGUAAAGUCACUUCGAAACCAAAACCGUCAGGUGAAAAGGGAACUAGGCAAUCAAUCUGCAUUACAUUCUUAAUCUUUCUGCGCAUUCAAGACUGCUAUCGCGAUGUUCUACAAGAUGUUAUUGCCGAAAACAAGUGCGUUAAGGAAUACUGUAGUGUCUAAAAUAGCUUUUUAGAUGUUCAAUUUAGACACAAGUACAGUGUCUAGACGACAUGUGACCUCAUAUGCGGCUACUUUUCAA